AAAUAUGCCGACUCGGCUCAUUUUCAUUAUUAUCCGUGCAGAGGCACGAUUUUUUAUUUCUGUGUUCCUAACACUGUUCUUCAGUCAUAAUUGUGAGAGUAACGUUCAUUCCUAUACGAUAUUGAUUCUUUCUUAUAGUUUGCUAGCGAGUCUAUUGAGUAUAAUGUGAGUUCCCUUAUCAAAGUUAAUCUUCAUCAGUGUGCCCUGCCUCCGUUUUCUUUUCACCGCUCGAGAGAAAACGUGAGCUUCAAUGGUAUACUCACUUAACAUACCACUUUGUUUAUAUAGUUAUUCUUUCAUUAUACCCAUAUCAUUAGGGCAUUCCAUUAUAACCUUAACUUCUAUUACGUCUAUACAGGCACCUUGCUAGCCAUUCUUUCUUGCCUUUUUAGGGUUUUCAAUGCAAACUAUUCAUUCCUACACGUUCCGUUUAUUGGUUCAUUUUUACAGCUAUCAACAUUUGCUCCUCUUUUGUGAAUGGUUUACACCAUAGUAUGAACAAAGACACUCUCGCUAAACUCGGCGACACCUUUAAACAGUUGGCUCGUCCUUCAAGUGAGGAGGAAUUGGAGCAAGGUGCAACCACCGGUGAUUUAAAUGUGGUGAAUUUGCGAUCGGGGGCUACGUACUUAACCCCCACUCGGCCGAACACAAUGCCUGUCGAUCCACCUCCCCCUCCUCCUCCUGGGGCCCCACACCACUUCCCCCCGCCCCCGAUUCGGGUCAUUCCAACUCACGCCAGUAUUCGACAAUUCUCGGGAGGCGAGACCGAUUUUUCGGCGCGACAGUUUUUAGAUUUGUGUGAAUCUGCCAUCGUAAAUUCCUCCAUUACGGAAGAUCAUGAUAAAAUCGCUUUCCUUCGGUCACGGUUACUUCCAGGCUCUCGGGCACUGAAUUUGAUGCAGUCCUCAGCGUUCGCUUCGGGGGACAUUGGUGUAAACUAUGAGGUUUUUAAAGGGAAUUUCAUUAAAAUCUUCGGGGGCGGGAGUAAACCAAGCAUCGUUAGACAGAUGGCACACACGGUUGAGUCCCUCCAAAAAAAUUCCUCAACAAAGCCGAUUUGGGACGCCAUGAUUGAGGCAAAUCAGCUGGCGGUUGACUGUGUCAAGAGCCUGGAAGACGCGCUCUGGCUUCCAGGGGGCUGUAUGCAAAAGCACCAGGUGAAGACAGUUUUCGAGUUGUUUUUUUACUUAUUUCAUAUUUCAGAGAAGAACCGCCGUUCUGCCCUCCCUUUGGCCUUCAAACCGAGCGGGAAGUUGGUUGACUUCGUCUCAGAGUUAGAGGUCAAGGUUCAGGAACACCCUCACCAUCAACCCCUCGCCCCAGCUGCAGCAUUGCAAGCACAAAAUCAUGAUGUUGCGUUUUCUGACCAUCUUGUUGUCCCUCGGCUCCCUGCUUGCAACAACACCCAUCCACCUGAAGCCUGGUGCCCUCACGGCACACAUAGGAGAGGUCUUCCUCAUAGAAGAUGUGCUCCUCGUAAAAUAUCCAUAUACUUCCUUGACCAACAGCACGGACAUAAUCAGGAUAGUCUCAGAAAAACUCCUCGGCAUGGCAGACGCCAUCCGGGCUACCAAGACUAGGGAAUCAAAGGCACCUUCUAGUACCAACUCUCUGACUCUUUUUCAACUACUGGAGGAUAGGAUUCUGUUCUUACGGGGAAAAGUUGAUGAGGUAAACAUGGAUUAUAGUUUUCACUCAGUUCACUCUCGGGUAAAGAGGGGAUUGCUCAACAUCGUGGGGUCCGCCUCAAAGUUCCUUUUCGGUACGGCUACCGACGAGGACGUUCGCGAUUUGCGGGACCACUACGCUCAUGUACUUUCCUUUGCUGCUCGAAAUCGCAGGGUGAUCAAUGGCAAUUGUAGAAAACUUGCGCAAUUGCAUACUAACAUUGCGGUACUGCUAGAGCAGACAAAUAAGAUGGUAGAGGUUAUCAACAUAGUUGUCAAACAGAUCGACCAGGUGAAUCAGUUUCUCCUCCUAGAUCAGGCCUUGCAUGUAUUGGAAAACGUCAUUACCUCCGUCGCAACGGCUAAUCAGCAGGUUAUUAGCAACAUGGUUGAUGCAGCGCACGGUAGAGUCACACCUGCCUUGUUCCCUCUACACGAUUUGAGAACGACUGUCCAGAUCGGGUAUCAAAAUUAUAGCCUGACGCCUUUAUUCACCCCGGACAUGAGUCAGUAUUUUUACCCCUUGAUUGAGUCCAGCCUCACCCCUGAUGCCAUAAUCAUUCAUGUUCCGUUUCAGACGGCGGACGUGUUUGAGGCACACGAAAUUGUCCCGUUCCCUUUUUCGGCAAAGGACAGUGUGUUGGCCCUGGACACGUCCCCGUCUCUUGUUCUAAUCGCGAAGGAUUUCGCUCUGUAUUCAACGGGUAGCUACUCACUCUUGCAGUCUUGCAAGGAGACGGUCUUCGGGCGAUUCUAUUGCUCUGCGUCUCUCUUUGCCUUCCUUCCAGUUCGGGGAGGGGUAUGCGAGAUCGCCCUCACCCGCGUAAACGCGUCUGACGCUCUUUCCCUGUGCCCUUACAAGCAGCAAACACCAACGCCUGUUUUCCAUAAGAACUUUCAGGGUCUGCAUUAUUUUUAUUUCCCUCAGUCAUUCUAUGUAUCGGUCAUCUGCCCGGAGGGUACCACUUAUCAACGGGUUACUGGUCACUAUGCCAUAGCGGAAGCAUGCUAUAUCCGCUCCACUAACAUAACAACGUACCCGUCCCGGAUUCGUCUGGUUUUCACGGCCAAUAUUUCCCAUCGAGUGUUUCCUCUACGGUCUCUCGAUGACAUUCAUUUCUCCAGCAUCUCGUAUGUGACUAAUUCCCUUAAUUCAUUGUCUUUCGCGAACAAAACAGAGUUUGCGGAAACCCUGGAGGAAACGCUGCCUGAUUAUUUGCAUCUCCCCUACCUGUACCCUGGAUUUUUUGUACCAAUGUUUCUGAUGUUCGUCAGUCUCGUCGUCAUGUGCUACCUUAUUAGGAGAAACUCUGUCCUGCACGAUUAUUUGGUUGUGCAGACGCGGCGACUGGAUGCAGGGAGGCCACUGGCAAGGUAGUUUUCCUUUUCUCAGACAAGUCAGGGGACAGAAACCUGGCUGCUCCUAUACUUAACAAUGUACUGUGUUUCACUACUGUAUUUUUUUUUUUUAGGAGCUAGAUCACCGUUUCAUUGUCUGUACCUAUGCCAGUUGAUAGUUUCUUAUACGUGUGUCCUUAUAUUUAUCUUUUGAGAGGUUUCUUAUGUUUCAUGUCACACGCGUUGUGGUUUCCCUCUCCCUAUUUAUAUUAUAAUUCCACAUCUGUUCUUACAUAGCCAGUGUUUUAAUAUAAUUGUGUCAUAGGCAGUCUGCUUGACAAACUCCCUCUAUGUAUGUUCAUGGUACCUAGACUGCUAUUUCGAUUUUUAUAUAUCGCGAGGUCGCGAUCACUGGUAGGUGACCGAGCAGUGUUAUAGUAGGAUAUCAAUGUAUUAUUAUUAUUUAAUAUCACCACGAAUUAGGCAUACAAUUGUCAAUGGAAAAACCCCACGACAGAUAGAUCACGCCACCUUAUAGGAAUGUCGUCCGUCAGUGUUUACCGUCUCAGUUUUGUAUACUUAGCACUCCGAUGGUGCGUGGAGGUCACCUUGACAUACGUGACCAAUUGUAACAAUUAUUUUCCAACCUGUAACUCGCCACUCCUUCACGAGAGUCCGACUGACACACAACGACAGUCGCUCUCGCUCCGUCGCUUCUUGUACAUAAAGGCUACGAAUAUAAUUCGCCUUAAGGAAGCUGAAGUCUUAAUCAACACCCUUUAAACGCCCCCCGACAAGCCCGUUACAUGGAGGAUCGCCCAUGCCUUGCUGUUAUCCCAUUUUUCCGUCGGGCGCCAUUUGUAUGAUCUUGAUGUCACAGGUGGCUUACGAUUGUAUGACUAAGGAGCAGUACAAGCUACGUAAAAGAAUCAUAUUGGAAAAAAAAUAUCCAUGUGUUCAUUAUUAAAUAUUAAUAUUAGUGAGAAUAAUGGGAUAAAUAUGAUAUCAGAAACUGUAGAUCAUGAGUCUUGUACGAGGAGUUAUUUCACGCAAUACCAGCCCGGCCGCCAUUUGCAUUGUUUGCAAACCACACAACCACACCCACACAGCAAACAGCUGCAUGCCGCGUGUCACCAGAACCGCGUGACUUGUGUCUUGCCUAGUUGUCUGUCACAACUUACGAGUGAUGGUAAGAAUAGUAUGCUAAUUUUGAUCUCAGAAGCUGUACAUAAUAAGUAUGUACAAGGAGAUAUUUCUCGCAACACCAGCUCGGCCGCCAUUUGCAUUGUUUGAAAACCACACCACACCCAAACAACAAACAGCUGCAUGCCGCGUGUCACCAGAACCGUGUGAAUUGUGUCUUCCCUAGUUGUCUGUCAUAACCUACGAGUGAUGGUGGGAAUAAUAUGCUUAUUAUGAUAUCAGAAGCUGUGCAUCAUCAGUAUGUUUACGGGGAUGUAUUUCUCACAACACCAGCCCGGCCGCCAUUUUCAUUGCUUUACUCAAGGACACUUGUCAAUUCAAAGAGUAAAGAUUACACCAAAAAUAUAUAAAUUUCGGGAAACUUUACAUUGUCAAUGUUCUUUAACCCGUGCAUAUUCCUGAGCAUUUUAAGAACUUUUU